AUGAUGAACUUACUUCAGGUUGUGCGUGACCACUGGGUACAUGUACUUGUCCCUAUGGGAUUUGUCUUUGGAUAUUAUCUAGACAGGAAGAAUGAUGAAAAGCUAACUGCCUUCCGGAACAAGAGUCUGUUAUAUAAAAGGGAAUUGAAACCUAAUGAAGAAGUCACCUGGAAGUAA